GAUAGUUUGGUCACAUUGCAUAACGCAAAGAGACAUGCAUAUAAAUAAAACACUAUAUAUAAUGUUCAAUACUCAUCUCAAUUUAAUUUAAAUAUUUAAAUUAGACGAAGAUGGAGCCCGCGGGGGAGGAGUGCAUCCUGAAAGAUGGAGCCGUAGAUACAAAAACUGAUGGCCAACACAAUAUUACAAAAGUGCUCAAGUCGGAUUUUGAUGCCAAAUACAAUAUUCUCGAUAUCUCUACUCCGCUAAACAAUUUCUUGUCCGCCCACUAUAAGCGCAGCUACGCUUAUUAUUCGCUACUCAAUAUCCUUCCCGUUGUGCUGACGAAAGUGAUUGACUCAAUUACAAAGGACAAGAACGAAAUAGUCACACAAUUUGGUGAGAAUGCGCGUGACGAGCUGAAGAUCAUCAUUGGGCUUAUUUCGCGGCUCAAGUAUGAGCUACAAACGGACAAACCCUUCCAAAAUUUUACCGGUGAUGAGCCGGAUCGCGAAUCAUGGAAUAACUUUCUGGCAGAACUUCCAGCCAAAGCAAAUUCGUUCUAUCAGGCAUGCUUGAUGCACACGGAGUGCUAUAUGUACCGCAAGCUCUACUCCUUCGUGGAAGACAGCAUAUUUCUGAAACAGUUUGAUUACUUUGCCAAGAUCAAGCAGGACACACUGGACAGCUGCCAGGAUGAUAUAGUCUCAUUGGCCAAAUACACAAGGCGUACAGAGAAUACAUUUGACGCAUUUGAUGAACUUUUAAAAAUUAACCUGUGGAGCACCCGCAAUGAUCUCUCCAAAAACGAAAAUGGACUCUCCUUCAACAUGAAUGUGCUGGAGGAUGUGACGGCAACCGACAGCCAUAUUCUCAUUAAUGAUGCCUUCGAUAUCUGGCAGUGUUUGAAUAGCCGUAGAUCGAAAAAACAAUGCGUCGACUUUGUGUUGGCCGAUGUUGGCUAUGAACUCUUCGCCGACUUCAUUUUAGCCGAGUAUAUCAUCGAAAAGGGAUUCGCGGCCAAGGUACGAUUCCAUGCCAAGGCUUGCCCUUGGUUUGUUAGCAAUACAACCCGACGGGAUUUCGAAAUGACACUACAAUAUCUGAGCAAACACUCCGACUAUAACCUCAGUCUGGUGGGCAAUAAGUUUUUGCAAUUUAUGGAUGAGGGUAAAUUUGAGCUGGCACCCGUUUCAACUUUCUGGACCGGCCCGCAUGCUUUUCAUUGCAUGAAAACAGUGGAUCCAAAGCUAUAUAAGUUAGUGCAACACUCAAAGCUAAUCAUAUUUAAAGGCGAUGUGAACUAUCGCAAGCUCUUGAGCGAUGUUAACUGGCAGCCGACACAGGAUCUGAAAACGUGCGCGGGCGCAGUUGUACCCAAUAGUUUUUGCACAAUACGCACAGCCAAGUCAGAGAUAAUAUGUGGUCUACCAGAGGGCACAUAUGAAAGACUUCAGUCGAUUGACUCCGAUUGGAUGGUCUCUGGA